UGCUAUGUCGGCGAACAGUGUGAUCGGUGCAAGUUAAUGCGCCACUUCUAUCAACUUCCGCCAGGGAUGUAUGUGUCAAUCCACUCGCUGCAGCAACUGCCAUUAGACCGCAUGCGGGUCGUGGAGACAGGGGUGGAGGCACGGUAUGGGCGCUCACACGUUCCCGGCUCAGUGUUCAGACGUGAUCCUCUGCUGCCGUCCCGACUCUGCCAUCGCUGGGCGGGAAGCGCCCCGACAACAACCGCCCGUGGCCGGCAGCUCGGAGGACUCCGAGUCCGACUCGGACUCGAGCUCCGACUCCGACUCGAGCUCCGACUCGGACGGCCAGGAGGUCGCUGAGAAGGAGGAGGAGGAGGAGGAGGGAGGCGAGAAGGACAAGGCUCGGCGUGUCUUCGGGCCCAUGACCAAAGGAGAACUAUGCCUGCUGGACUUACCGGCCAUCGAGCACCUGCGCAUCUCGCUGCCGGAGGAGCAGUGCACGCGCGUGGGCACCGUGGCCAGCGUCGUCGAGUGUCUCGUGGUGGUACAGUCGACUCCCGGCUCGCCGCCGCUCGACAUCGACUCGGUGCUGUUCCUCGAGAGCGGCCGCCGCCCUCUCGGCCGCGUCUAUGACGUCAUGGGGCCGGUCCACCACGCCGCCUACUGCGUGCGCUUCAACAGCCCAGAGGAGAUCCGCGAGUUCGGGAUAGAGGCGGGCGCGGACGUGUUCUACGCACCCGGCUCGGACGAGUACAGCCAUUACGUGUUCGUGGAGGCGCUGCGCAAGUAA